AUGGAACACAAUAGAUAUGGAAAUAAAAGGCACGGCGGUGUUGGACGUCCACAUUUUCUGAGACCGAUUGAUGACGAUGCUGCUGCAACAAUUGUCGACGAAGGAAAAUUAAAUUUGGAAGCGGACCAAACAUCUUCAAUUAUUUAUCACAAUCCUUUCCUAGCCCUUUCUAUCCAACAACAACGCCAACGCUUGCCAAUAUCAAAAUACCGAAAUCAGUUACUUUAUUUGGUGGAAAAAUACAAAACAGUAGUGGUUGUAGGAGAAACAGGAUCAGGCAAAAGCACUCAACUCCCCCAAUAUCUCGCAGAAUUUGGAUGGGCUCAAGAAGGAAAGAAAAUUUGUAUAACACAGCCAAGAAGAGUUGCAGCAGUUACAUUAGCUAAUAGAGUAGCAGAAGAAAUGAUGUGUUCUUUAGGUUCUGAAGUUGGUUAUGCUGUUCGUUUUGAUGAAUGUAUUUCUGAUAAAACAAAAAUAAAGUAUGUUACGGAUGGUCUUUUGCUUAGAGAAUUAAUGAGUGAUCCAUUGCUAGAGGCAUAUAGUGUUGUAAUCAUUGAUGAGGCUCAUGAACGUUCUGUCAACUCCGAUUUAGUUAUUGGAUUACUUCGAAAAAUAAUUGCUAUAAGAGAUGAUCUUCGAAUUAUUGUUUCUUCGGCGACUAUUGAAGCAGAGAGCCCGAUCCGGGUCUUUUCUUUCAAGCUGAUUCGGGGCGGUAUUUUCUGGACCAAAACUGCUAGGACCUUGAAAACCCGGAUUUUAUCAAAAUACCCGUCUUUUAGGUUAUCGGGCCUAAAAACUUUGUGCCCGACCUUGUGUCUAACUUUAAAAUUAAUUUUUAGAGGAGUCCCAGAUUAUGUCCAAACAACAGUUGAUACAAUUCUAAGAUUGCAUAGAGAAGAACCGCCAGGAGAUAUUUUAGCUUUUCUAACUGGUCAAGAUGAAGUUGAACAAGCAUGUAAAUUGUUGGAAGGAAGUGUUAAAUCUUUACCUAAAGAUUUAGAUAAAUUGUUGAUUCUACCACUUUAUGGAGGUCUUUCACCAAAAGAACAAUUUCGUGCUUUUGAAUCAGCUCCAUAUCAAACAAGAAAAGCAGUUAUUACAACAAAUAUUGCAGAAACAUCAGUUACAAUAACUGGAAUUGUUUAUGUUAUUGAUUGUGGAUUUGUUAAAAUUAGAGUUUUUGGUAAAUUUCUUCAAGGGACUUAUUUUAAUUUACCACAGAUUCUGUGGACCGCAGUCUGCGUAAUUUUUGUUUUGAAGGUGGAUCGGAGUUUUGGAAAAUUCUUCGGGUUGAGUUUUGGUCGAAAAAUUCUGGUUAUCGGGUUUUGGGUAACUCGAGCCACUCCUGGCGUUACCAGGGAUCCUGCUGACAAAAAACUAAAAUUCCCGAUUUCGUUGAUUCUGGACGGCAGGAUCCCUGUCGUGUACUAUAGAAUCUGA